CGCCACAAGUCACGUGUUUUUUGACAGAAGUGUUUUUAGGUUAGGUUAUAUUAUGUUUUGAUUAUUAAAAAGUAUUAAUAUUUUUUUAUUAAUUAUUUUGUGAGAGACAAUUAUUGUUGAGAAAAAAAAAUGUUUGAAGCUAAUGAAGAUUUUGAUGAAGAAGAAUUGCAGGAAGAUGAAGAGGAAGUUUUAGUUUAUGUUGAAUUUCCAAAUUGUGUUGAAAAUACCAUGUUCGGUACUGAGAGGCUUAAACUUGAUAUACUUGGAAUUGACACUGAAACACCGAUAAUACAAAUUAAUGGAAAAUUUUUCGAAGGAACUUACGAAGAUGCUGUCGGUACUUAUAUGUUUUUCAAUAAAGAUAACAAUGCCACUGUUGACGAUCCUGUUUUUGAAGUUGCACCAACUUUAAAUUAUUUGACAAAAAGUAGAAAACUACUUAAAAUGCAAAGAGUAUUUAUUGCGCCAAGAACAGAAGUUUUGGGCAAUUCAAUACACAAUGAAUCAUUACCAAAUAUAGAGACAAUAAUAGAAGCUGGAGUUCCUCCAAAGUAUCAAGAAGAAGCACUUGAAUUUUGGACAAAUACACGAGAUGAAAGAAUCGAUGUAUUAAAUGCAUAUAUUGAAAAACAACGUGUUCGUAGGGAAAAAAGAGCACAAGGUAUUGAUCCAAUUUCCGAUUCAGACGAAGACAAUCCAUUUAUGUUUACGGUACCGCAAAAUAAUAACGAUGAAGAAGAAGAGGAGGAAAUUGAACCCGAUGAAGUAUUAGAUGGUGAUGAUAGAUUAAUUGAAGAGGAAGACGAAAAUAUUUCCGAUUCUAAUCAAGAAAUAAAUGAAUUUGAACGUUUUGUUAAAAAUUCAGCGCAAGACGAUUAUCAUGAAGAUGAACCACAACCAUCGACAUCGCGUGAUUUUAAACCAAUAAUUAAUCCAAUUAAAAAUAAAAUUAAAAAUAAAGGUGUUGUUAAAAUUAUAAAAAAUAUGAGGAGAAAAAAUAAUUCCAAAAGUUUGUUAAAAAAAAAAUCAACAGAUUUACAAACUGAAACAUCAAAUGAUGAUGAUAUUUUGGAUAAUGAAAAUAUUUAUGAAAAUUUUCCACCCGAAUCCGAAAUUGAAGAUGGAGAAUUUAUAACUGAUGAAAUUCAAAUUAAUCAACGGGCAAUUAAAAAGGAAUUCAUAGUAAAUGAUAAAAAAUUACAAAAAAAGGAGAAACGCGAAGCAAAAAUGAAGGAAAUUUCUGAACAAUUGAGAAAAAUGAGUGGAAUCACAAAUGAUGAGGAAAGCGAAGAGGAAUUAAUUAUAUAAAAAAGGAAAACUUCAGAAAAAAAAAAUUUACUUAAUUUUAUUUUUAAAUAAAAAAAAAAAAAAAAAAUUAAA